AUGGCCGGUCCAACAUUGGAAAUUAGACUCUCAUCACAGCGUCAACAGGCCGUUGACCCGUUGUCGUUGGCUCAAGUUGCGCCGCGCCCGUGUCAUGGUCUUGGUUUAGAUCAGGCACUGCAACCCAUUCACCCAACCAUGGUAGCAGCCCGCGCCACCGGGGAGAUGGUGCGGCGCGAGGCGGGCGAUAGCCGAGGGAGCUUGGCGGUCAAUAUUGACGGCUGGGCCCCAAACUGGGCGUAUCGGUGUCAUAUUCCGCCGUUCUCUGGUGCGAAUGGCUACCGCAAUAGGUGA